CGGUCAGAAAAAACUGACAAAAAGGAAUUUCGGACAAAAUAAUGACGAAAGAAUUAUAUUUCAUUUUGAAGAGGGAUUUAUUUUGAGUCAGCAUAAUAAUAGCGUAUUUACGCGUUGCUCGCUACGUUACGUUAAUACAAUACGUUAGUAUAACAGGUAACGUCAGCUUCUGUGUGCAGAGGCCUUUAAUCUCAGCAACCAACCAACAAUUGAUAAGAACGUGGCAGAACAAAUAGGAGUUUUUACUUUCCAAAACUAAGAGGAGUCUAGCGACGUUUGAAUUCAACUCGCUUCACCAUGGCCUGUAAAGUGAAAAUCGGCAUCAUCGGCGGAUCCGGAUUGGACGACAGCGAAAUAAUCGAAAGCCGUACCGAGCGCGUGGUCAACACUCACUUUGGCAUUCCAUCCGAUGUGCUAAUCGAAGGUAAAAUCGCUGGUGUGGAUUGUGUGCUGCUAGCACGCCAUGGAAGGAACCACUCCAUUAUGCCCUCGAACGUGAACUACCGGGCAAACAUUUGGGCAUUAAAGACCCUUGGUUGUACGCACGUUCUUGUCUCCACUGCAACUGGAUCGUUGAGGGAAGAAAUUCAUCCCGGGGACAUCGUCAUUCCGGACAACUUUAUCGACCGUACCACGAAGCGCGCGCAAACGUUUUACGAUGGCAAUGAGCUCCUGGUUGGCGUUUGCCAUAUUCCGAUGGAGCCCGCUUUCUGUAGUCGUACCCGCGAGGUUCUUAUCGAGACAGCACAAGGUCUGGGCAUUGCGGGAGUACAUGCCAAGGGCACGGUCGUCACGAUUGAAGGUCCGCGGUUCUCGAGCAAAGCGGAAAGCAACCUCUUCCGCCAGUGGGGUGCUGAUCUCGUCAAUAUGACACUGGUGCCGGAAGUAGUGUUGGCGAAAGAGGCCGGGCUUUGCUAUGCAGCCAUUGCUAUGGCAACCGAUUAUGACUGCUGGAGGCAGAUGGGACAAGACGUAAACGUAGCCGAUGUGCUGUCGACGUUUAAGAAAAAUGUAACCAAGGUAACGGAGUUGAUUAUCAAUGCGAUUCCGAAGAUAGCUGCUCUAGAUUGGUCGGAAACGGUCGAGGAACUUGGGAAAACAGUCAACACAAGCAUUAUGCUGCCACAUUCCAACUAAACGGAUAUUGCAACCGCCGCAACUACAGGUUAAUUAUUUUUUCCUCAAAUCACCCAUGUCUUUAUUCCACGACGCAAGACGCAAGCAAUCCGCAAGGGAUCGCCAAGAUGACGCUGAAAUCGAUUUUAAGGGUACAAAGCGAGAAUAGUUUGUCGGAAUGGUAGAGGUGCAAGACCGAAAAACAAUCAUUUGCCUAGUCAAUUGUAAUCUUCCUCUGCCAUAUAGAAGCGCAUGUGAACAGGCGGUAGACUAGUGAAAUAAGUGCACUACGCGUUUGAGAAGCAAUACAAUUUAAGAUGCAAGAAAAAGAAA